AUGAAGCGCUUAACCUGCAGGUUCCUCACCUGCUUCGCCCUUUCUAGCUUCUCCGGGUUCCCCAGCGCCCGGCAGCAGCAGGCAGUAAACCCGCUUGGCCUCUGGAGGCGCCUUCUCUUGGUUGUGGGGGUUCCCCGCGGAGCCGGUGACCGCAGGAGCCAGCCUCUGCCGCAGCACACGCCCUCGGGAGUGCCAGCGGCCAGGCGCAUCUCCGAGAGCGGGGCGUGGAGGGAAGCGCGAGCCUGGCGACUGGAGACCUUGCGAGCUGGCCGGGGUGGGAAGAGGGCAGUGCCAAGUGGAGAGGCCGGAGGAGGCCGGGCCGGGACGGGCGUGGCGGGGCGGGAGCGCACACCUGCUCCCGGAGGCGGCUCGCAGAGCGGGGCGAGGCGCGCAGGCGGCUCCAAGGUGCUGGGCACAGACGGGCCAGAAGACAAAGGCUGGAUUGUUCAGCUACUAGACCAUACUGAACAUAAACCAUUAGAGGUCACAGGGAUCCUGGGAGAGCAGUUUGUUCCAGACGGGCCGCACCUGCACCUCUACCAUGCGCACGGCUGGGUGAAGCUGAUGAACUGGCAGCACAGCACCAUGUACCUGUUCUUCGCAGUCUCCGGAAUCACGGACAUGGUCACCUAUCUGCUCAACCACGUUCCCUUGGGGGUGGACAGACUGGUUAUGGCUAUGGCAGUAUUCGCUGAAGGUUUUCUCUUCUACUUCCACGUCCACAACCGACCACCACUGGACCACCACAUCCACUUCCUACUGGUGCUUGCUUUGUUUCUUGGGGGCGUCAGCAUCUUCCUAGAGGUCUUCUUUCGGGACAAUACUGUGCUGGAACUUUUCCGAACCAGUCUCAUUAUCCUUCAAGGAACCUGGUUCUGGCAGAUCGGGUUUGUGCUGUUCCCACCUUUUGGAACACCAGAGUGGGACCAGAAGGAUGAGGGUAACAUCAUGUUCAUCACCAUGUGCUUCUGCUGGCACUACCUGGCCGCCCUCUGCAUCGUGGCCGCCAACUACACACUCGUCUUCUGUGUUUCGACUCGGAUAAGGAGACCUGGAGGAGGAGAGGUCAUUGGGAUUCAGAAGCUGAAGGCUGAUCACACUUACCAGGCCACCCUCCUGAGCGACUCAGAUGAAGACUGAGCCUGGGCCAUGCAGAGGGUGGACUUCUGCUGCAGGGCAGGGGACAAAGCUCACCACAGCGCUGCUACGCUAGCUGCGGCCGGCUCCUAAGGGUCUACGUUGCCUGCUCACUUAACUCAAGGCUGGAGGUUCUAA